AUGGCAGUGAUGUUGCCAGAAUUGCAUCGAACCUGCCAUUUGUUGAAGCAGCCGCUCCUUUUUAUGGAUCGACCCGCUGCAAUGUUCCUGCUGGUCGAUGGGCUCAGGGAAUCCAGCGCGGCUGCUGCAUUUUGCGCUCAGAGAUUUCACACCUUCUUUUUGCCUCGGCUUAGCAGCCGGCAAGAUGAGCCGGAGGACUUCGAACUGGUGGAGAUGGUGAACCAGGCCAUUGAGGAUUUGGAGAAGUCCUUGCUGGACAGCAACGCGCGCUAUGCAGGCUGUGGGCUCGCAUUGCUGCUGGUGCUUGGCCAGCGAGUACUGGUAGCCAAUGUUGGAAAUUGCAGGGCAGUGAUGUGCACCCCGCCGAAACCGAGUGGCGAGGGGCUUGCCGCCCCAUCGCCCAAGGACCCCUGGAAGAUCCGCCUCUUGGUAGGUGGUGGCCCCUCGGGGCAGGCCUUAGCAGAUGUGGUGAAGUUAGAACGCCUGCGGAGGUUAAAGGAAUACGCACCCUUAGAUUUCGAGGGCAAACCUGGGGAUGUGCUGAGCGGCUGCAGUGUUGGGCCGAUCCACAUGCCUGGGCCUGUGGCUCGAGUGAUGAAGCGUUCCUUCGGUCUCUGGGGCGGUUGGGGCGCUCGGGUCCUGGGUAUCUUGGGUUGGAGCUGUUUUUCUCACCUUUCCACGGGUUGGAUCUGCGCUUUUGCGCUUCCGCGACGCGACCUGUUGGCUCGCGGAGUCGCAGGACAGGGGGUCAGCAACGAUAUUCUGAGCCGUUCUGGAUCAAGUACUUUAAGCAAUGACAUGGCCGUGCUGGCCUUCAUUGCGGAUACGACCACGCCCAAUGGAAAAGCCUUGGUGCAACUGGUGACUGAAACAGAUGCGACAGAGACGUCGCAGUGCAUCUUCGGCAACUGCCUGGAGGACUUUACCUCCUCGCCGAAAUUGGCCGAAGUCGACGUGCUGGUGCUGGCCGUCUUCGCCGGCGGAAACCCACAGGUGAUUGCGGAGCUGUGGCCGCAGCUGAAGGCCCAGGUGCGUUGGAUUCACUCCUUGGCCGCCGGGGUCGACACCUUGGUGCCGGUGCUUCAGCAGCUGGGUGACGAGGCCCAAGCGGUGCCGUUGACCAACGCCAAGGGCGCCUUCUCGCGGUCCCUGGCGGAGUACGCGGUGGCCGCCAUGAUGCAUUUCAACAAGCAGAUCACAAGGCUUCAGGCAAAUCGGGUCAGUCGCAACUGGGAGAAGUUCAUCAUGAACGAAGUGCACGGCAAGACCUGUGGAUUCAUUGGCUUUGGCGACAUCGCCCAGCACACGGCCCGGCUCUGUCGUGCCCUGGGGCUGCAGGUCCUGGCCUGGAGGAAUCGCCAGGGGCUGCCAGGGAACGACUUGGCAGAUCGGGUGACGUAUGCCAGUGAUGGACCCCAAGCCAAACAGGAGGUCUUUGAGCAGUCGGACUUCGUGAUCUGUUCACUGCCAGGUGGUGAGGCGACAUAUCACGCCUGUGGAGCAGCAGAAUUUGCUGUAAUGAAGCCGACGGCUGUCUUUAUUUCGAUUGGGCGAGGCUCCUGCGUAGAUGAAACGGCCCUUCUGGAAGUGCUGAAAAGCAAAAAGAUCUUGGGGGCCGCCUUGGAUGUUUUCGAAAAGGAGCCUUUGUCGCCGGAAUCACCGCUGUGGGACAUGGAAAAUCUGUUGCUGAGCCCGCACAACGCUGACCUCACUCCAACGUACAUGAGUCAAACUUGGGACAUCUUCGUGCAGAAGUUGACUGAUUUCAGAUCCCCCAACUUCACGACCUUCAAGGAUCAGGUGGACAAGUCCUGUGGCUACUGAGCAGGAAGCUACUGGGUCGUAUGGCCGAAACCGAUUGCGUGGAUUGCUUGCGGAGAAAAA